GUACUUGCAAAAGAACAGAUUGAGCAACUUACCGCUCAGGCAUGGCUUUCAGAGAAUAAACAGCUUGAGGAUAAGGUUCGUUGCCUGGUACAGCGUGUUUCGAACCGUUUUCAAAAACGAAUUAUCAUUUUUCUGUUUCCAUCACAGGUACUUGCAAAAGAACAGAUUGAGCAACUUACCGCUCAGGCAUGGCUUUCAGAGAAUAAACAGCUUGAGGAUAAGACUGCAAAAAUGAGCUUACGGACCGGGGUGGUCUGCGAGUAUACACGCAUGACUGUACUUGAGACGGCAGGAAAGCAAAUACUAGGCGGGCUACAAGAGGUACCACAGAAGGGUCGUCCGCAAAAGACGGCAGAUGCUUUAAGAGAGAGAGUGAUACCGCUACAAAGCCUGUGUGUGGGCUUUGGCAACUUGACUGCCACUGCUGAUAACAUUCCUCCAGGAUGUGAAGAACCAAGACUGGCUGAAGCUGCUGAAAUCUUCAUGAAGGCGGCUUCAAAUUGUUGUGGCAGCAUUUUCAGGCACUGCUGCUGUAUGUGUUGCAUCCAGUGUUGUUCCCACAUGAACAACCAAUGCGCAAUUGUAUUAACCCAGAUAUGCACUGGGCUAGCAAUUUUCGGCUGCCUCAAUUGUUGUGUAGACUUGUGCUGUUCCAACAGCGAUGGACGAUAGAAACUUGUGUAUCAAAUUUUAUAGUCCGUAACAAAUUGUUUCUACAGUGUAUUAAGAGAUACUUGAUGAAAAGUUGAGGUUUUGUUCUACUAGUUCGU